AUGACAAGGACACUGCCGAACAAGACUAUUUUAUGCACCUUUGGGAGUGGCUGGAGGCGGUCUGUAGUGCGGCCCAAGGAAGGCCUCUGCGACAUCAUUUUCUGGGACUUCUUCUACAAAUCUGCGAGGGGCUCCUUUCUCGACCGCAGCUCCGUCGGGUUGCAGUGGUUUCUGGAAUUCGCCCGGAACGACAGCGGAACCACCCAGUUCGGAAUAGGAAUUAACUACGGCAAUGCCCUUGGAGCAUACGACGACCUCAACAAAGCACUUGGUAUGAACACAUUUAGAGAUUUAUGGAACAUGAACAUCAGGCACUACGGACUGCUUAAGUUCCAAGUGCACGACUAUUUCGUUACCCAAAGAAGUACCGUCCAAGACUGCGAUAAACUUUUGAAGAGAUUGAGAGAACUCCAGGAAGUGAAUAGAGCCGGGGACGUCAUGAAAUUUGGAUACAUCAUCCUUGGCGUUGGCCUCUUUGCCCCCAGGAAUGGCCAAGUCUACGAUUACCUGGAAGAACUUCUUCGAUACGCGAACUGUAUGUACAGCAGAUGCUGUCUGGAAAUAAACUUGUUGAAACAGACUGCGUUGGCCCAUGUAACAAAUGGCGACGAGGAUGGUAUUGUGAAGCCAGACCAGCCAGACGCAAUGACGUCCUCCCUAGGAAAGCUGGCAGAGUUCUGCCAGGACACAGGCAACAUCGACAUCUAUCUCGAAAAGUUCGAGCAGUUUUCAAGUGCCAACAGAAUUGACACCAGUAAGAAGCUGCCAGUCUUCUUGACAGUACUAGGAGAAAAGACUUACGUGACGCUGCGCAGUCUGCUGUUGCCGAAGACGCCCACCGAGGUGAAGUACGAAGAUUCGGCGAAGGUACUGCAGCAGCACUACGCUCCGAAACCGUCCGUGGUUACGUGA